CCUACAGUGCAACCACGGACUCCUCAGGUGAUUACAUAAAAAAAAAAAAAAAUUAAAAAAAAAAGCUCCUUUUUCAAAAAUGAUAUGCUUUUAAUACGCAGGAAGUCGGAAUCAGAGUAGGAUGGAGACGCGUCUCGGCCACUGUCUUUUGAUGCUUUUCUCUGAGUGGAUCCGGCUCUUCAUCCUAACUUCCAUGCUCGGCGGGGCCAGAGCGGAGGUGAGGUGCGUCCCCUCCUGCCAGCUGCCGCUCAAACUACCGUCCGAGCUGGAUUUGGCCAAUUUCGGCGCGGCUCCUGCUGGGGAAUUUGUUGGAUUUGGUGAGGGGUCGCUCACGACCCGCGGGGACGACGGGUACGACGUUGCGGAAUUAACAUCGAGCGAAGAAAGUUCACUGAAAGUAGAGCCGUGGUCAGGGGAGAACCAGCCGGGCGGUCCGCAGAGGGACGCGUUACGAGACGCUCCAAAACUUUCCCGUCCUCCCGAUAAUGUGACCGGCGACGGGAGAAAUGUCCAAAACAGUGACACGGCGGUGGUGACCGAGGACGGACAUUGGGGCAGCAGUGGGACGCGGAACCUGCGAAGUGCCAGGAGCGCAGAGACUUGGUCCGAAUUCGGAGCCGAGGGCGUGGACGACGCUCCGGUUCCGGACCAGGAGGAGUUUCGGCUCACAAGUUCCACAUUUGCGCUCGCCGGGGACACGGCGCACAACCAGGCCAUGGUGCACUGGUCCGGACAAAACAGCAGCGUGAUUCUCAUGUUGACUAAAUACUACGACUUCAACUCUGGCAGAGUAACAGAGAGUUCUUUAUGGAGGUCAACCGAUUAUGGGACCACGUAUGAAAAACUAAAUGAGAAAGUUGGUUCCAAGACCAUACUGAGCUACUUAUAUGUGAGUCCGAACAACAAAAGGAAGAUAAUGUUACUGACUGACCCAGUGGUGGAGAGCAGCCUCCUCAUUAGCCUUGACGAGGGGGCGUCCUAUCAGAAACACAGCUUAGCCUUUGAUAUCCUCAGCCUGCUUUUUCACCCCGAGCAGGAAGACUGGAUCUUGGCUUACAGCCACGACCAAAAGCUCUACGUCUCGGUUGAAUUUGGGAGGAGAUGGCAGCUUGUGCAUGACAACGUAGUUCCCAACAGAUUCUACUGGUCCAGGCUGGGUUUGGACAAAGAGCAAGGAAUGAUUCACCUAGAGAUCAGCAUUUCUGAUGGACGGUCGCAGUACAUAACUUGCAAACUUCAAAACUGCUCUGAUGGAAACAAGGGCAAGCCUUUCCCUGGAUUUAUCAUUCCCAAUUCCCUCGUGGUUCAGGAUGAAUACGUUUUCAUCCAGGUGCCAAUCGGUGGCCAGCCUGUCCAUUAUGUGUCCUAUAAAAGAAAUGUUUUCUACCCAAUGAAACUUCCAAAAUACACCCUUCCAAAGGAUUUGCAGAUAAUCAGCACAGAUGAUAACCAGGUGGUGGCAGCGAUCCAGGACUGGCAUCAGAAUGAUUCCUACAACCUGUACAUGUCUGAGUCCAGAGGGCUGCUCUUCACGCUGAUGCUGGAGGACGUGGUGAGCAGUGGAGGUCCAGAGGACAACGUCAUGAUAGACCUUUAUGAGGUUGCUGGGAUUAAAGGGGUGUUCCUGUCAAAUAAAGUUGUGGAGAACCAAGUGAAAACUUAUAUCACAUACAACAAGGGGAGAGACUGGCGUCUUCUUCAGGCUCCAGCAGCCGAUCUCCACGGAAACAAGGUCUUUUGUGAACAACCUUACUGUUCGUUGCAUCUCCACCUUCACGUGUCGGAGAACCCUUACGCUUCAGGAAACAUUGUCAGCAAAGAUUCAGCUCCAGGAAUUAUAAUAGCAUCAGGUGUGGUUGGACCUGAGCUGGUCAGUACUAAUGUCAGCAUUUUCAUCACAUCUGACGCUGGAAACACCUGGAGAGAGGUGUUUCAGGAAGAGUAUAGUGUAUUUUUCCUGAAUCAAGGAGGAUCUCUGGUGGCCAUCAGACACACACCUCUGCCGAUAAGACACAUUUGGCUGAGUUUUGAUGAGGGCAAAAACUGGGACAAAUAUAGCUUCACCUCUUCUCCACUCUAUGUUGACGGGGUGCUGGGGGAGCCUGGAGAGGACAUUCUCAUAAUGACGAUAUUUGGUCAUUUCAGUCAUCGGUCUGAGUGGCAACUAGUCAAGAUUGACUUCCGCUGCAUUUUCCAACGACGGUGUACUUCGAAAGACUAUCUGACAUGGCAGUUACACAAUGAGGGGGAAAUGUGCAUCAUGGGAAUGAAGAGAAUCUUCCAAAAGCUAAGAGCGAAUGUUCAAUGUGUCAAGGCCAGAGAUCAGUAUAUUUCCCAGAUGUCAGACUCCUGCCCUUGCACAGAGGCCGAUUUUGAGUGUGACUAUGGCUUUGAGAGACGGACUGACGGGAGCUGCACUCCAGCUUUUUGGUUUGUUCCUUCAGCAACAUCACGAGACUGUGUAACAGGGGACAGCUUCCUCAACACAACAGGAUAUCGCAAGGCUUUGUCUAACAACUGUACGGAGGGAAGUCUUUUCAAGUUCAGCCCCCGGCAUCAAAGGUGUCCCAGUCAGGCUCCCAGGGGUCUGCAGCUCUUCACCAGCGAGGGAACAUUGGUAGCAACAAUGGGGAAGAAUGUCACCUUCUUGGUCUUCCUGGAAGAGGGUCUUGGCUCCAUGACAAGUAUAACAGUGGACUUUGGGGAUGGGACCGCUAUAUCCUAUGUUAACAUAAGCUCCAUCGAGGACGGGGUCAAGCAUAUAUACAAUAAAGUUGGCAUCUACCAAGUUUCAGCUACAGCAAGCAACAAUCUGGGCUUCGAAAGGGUCGCGCUCUACCUACACAUCUCCUGUCAGCUUGAGCAGGUGCAGCUCUUGGCUCCUUUGGUGGUUGUCAAGAACAAAGCGGUAAAUUUCACCACAUCGCUGCAACCCAGUAAUGUGGGAACAGUCACUUAUUUCUGGUGGUUUGAUAACAAAACAGAGCCUCUCUUGACCCUGGAAGGAGCAAUUUCCUUCACUUUCUCCAAAGAAGGAAGUCACAGUGUCACCGUUCAAGCUUCAGCUGGCAAUACUGUCCGACAGGACCAAAUGAGGGUGGCAGUUUACGAUUAUUUCAAGUCACAUGUUUUGGCUUUUUCCUCCAAUCUGGAUGAGCUGAACCCCGGGAUGUCCGAGUGGAGAGAUGACGUCAGCAGAGCUGUGAAGAGCUGCAUGGUUCAGGUCACAGGAAUCAGUGAAGAUCAGCUGCUGGUCACAGUGUUCCCAAGCUUGCCAACCACGGCUGAGGUUUUUAUCGUACCAGAGGGGAGGUCGAGAGAUGGAGCACUGGAUGAAAAGUGGGCGCACCUGGAUCAGCUUUCUCGAGUUCUGCUAAGUGCUCUGAACCAGGACCUGAUCCGGUUCUCCCUCAGACAGGGGGUGCAGGUGAACGUGUACGCCACGCGACUGUCUCCAGCUCCCCUUGUGGACAACACUGACAGCUUACACAGUGGCACUGCAGUCAUCAUGCUGGUGUCAGUGGUGCUGAUGGGCUUAGCCAUCUUUGUAAUAUAUAAAUUUAAAAGGAAGAUCCCAGGCAUGAACACGUACACGGCAGAGCAGCCUGACAAAGAACAAGAGGUCUUCACUGCCGUGACCUCCAUAGACGUCCCCAACCCUGAAGCGGACAAGCUGACCACGCUGGACCACGUGGACGCACAUCUGGACUCAAAAAGCAGAGGCUACCUGCCAUCUCACGCGGACAUCAAGCUCUCUGAUGAAGCGCCCCAUGUGUUUUAAUGUUGGGAGUCUAUGACCGACUCAAAAGCAAUACAUCUUCUUUGGCAGUUACUUCCAGCAAGCUAGGAAACCGCGGUCACAAUGAAUGGUCUCGAGUGUUUUGCUACCCAUGCAUGGACGGACCAGCUCACACUGUGCUGCCUAAAUCCCUCCGAGGAGACUGUACAGAUUUAUACUUGCCUCUUGAAAAGGAACACUUUUUGACUGAAAUACUUGUAUUUUUGCAAGGACAUUGAUCUUUUUAUGUAAAUAAUGUACAUCCAUAAUGGAAGAAGUAAAAGUUAUCUGUCUCAGCUGGUUACAGCUGUGUCUGCUCAAAUAUGAAAACAUCAAGCAGCAGCACAAGAAAGAUGUGAAGUAAUAUAUCAGAAAUAUUCUCUUAUUUCUGUUUUUUCUUUUUCUUUUUUGGUCUUGUGUUUGUGCAAUUUUCUUCAUGCAGCUGUGUGGAACUUGCUUAUCAGGGUAAGACAGUGAAGGAAGCAGAUUCAUUAAGCUCUUUGCAAUCAGUAAAUCUUAUCACCACAUUCUCAUCAAAUGAAAGCUUGCAAUAUCCAGGAGAUGAUGGAGGACUCCCCGUCCCAGAUCUGCGUAUUUCAUCAAGCCUGUCUCUCUGCUGCUCAAAAUGUUAUAUAUGUCAAAACAAAAAAAAAAAAUAAGAACAGAAGAUUACAGCAGAUAGGUAUACGCAGGAGAUGAAAAUCUGUGCGGUCUUUCUUUGGGAGACACACACACACACACACAGAAAAAAAGAUUUUGGUCCCACAAAUAUCACAAAUGUGGCUCUGGCUGAUGCAAAUCAUUCACAUGCUUUAAUAUUGUAGCUGGAACUUUAUAUUUGUUUGUCUCAUGGUCAUAUUUCCUGCUCCCCACAAGUCUUUCUUGUGCAUUUUGAUUUCAGUGAUAAUGAAAUGUAAAUUUGGUAAAUAACUCCUGUUUGAACAAGUAAACACUUUGACACCCUGUAAUGUAGUAAAAAGAAAUACUGUGCCAAAUUUGUGCUUUAAUUAGUCAUUUUAUUGAGGUUUAUUUUGUGUCGCCCCACAAAGUUAAAAGCUUGCCAUAGUUUGAAAAUGGAAGUGAUCUCAUUGUGAAAGUUGUAUUUUCUCACAACUCAAACAACAUUUUUAUUUACUUAUUAUUUGUGACCUAUUUUUAGGAUAUGUUAAAAUACAUUUCCUUUGUUCUGGACUAUUUAUCCACCAACAUGACACCAGCAUCUACAUGUGCCGGUUCCAAGUUUCCAGUAACGCAGAGGAGCCUGCAGUCUGUUCAAGGUUUACCCCCAAGGACUCGGCGGACAAAAGGCUGCAGAUUUGUUCAUCUCCCUCGCUGCGAGGGACGUGGAGAUAGAGAAGACGUAUCUCCUGUCAACACGGCUCAGCCUACGCACACAGCUUCGGUCAGCCGCUGUCUCUUUGGGAUAAGUACUGAAGUUCUUCUUCAUCAAACUUUUCUUUUUAAGUGUUGUCAGCAUCAUAUGUCAGUAAGACAAAUUGACUGGAGGCGUCUUCAUACUUCUUCCUUCCAAUCUUCUGAUUGAGCCAGAAGCGUAAAUAAGCUCAAGCCGAACUAUCAACAUGAUAGAUCAGAAGAUUUUUCUUUUCUGUGCUUGAUAUUUAUUUAACAAAAUUUUGCUCAAGUCCCUGUAAUUAACCUGUGAAUACAACUGUGAACAUAUUUGCAUGUUUUUUUUUCUUUCAAGCUUCUUGAAAUAUGUCUUAUGCAGGAAAAAAAAACAAAAUACUAUGUGAAAUGUGAACGGAAGUAUUUUCUGUUUCUUAAGAGGCUAAGCAGCUCAAUUCAGUACAAGUCAAGUGAUUAGUCAGUGGGUUGUUACUGUGUUUUUCAUUCGAUCUUGCAGACGUAUCUAUGGUUGCAAAAUAAAGCAGAACAUG